GCGCACGUGCUUGUAAAAAUGGCGGACUUUGUGCACGGUGAAACCAACAUGUCCAACAAUACUCAAUUAAGUCCGAAAUCCAUGGGACGUAGGAAGAAAAAGAAGAACAAGAAUAAGAAAUGGAAGAAGGUAUCUAACAAUGCCAAGAUGGAACAUAACAGCCAAGCUAGUACUUCUGGUACUGUAGAAAACAAGGAUGGUGAUGGGCCACCUAAAGUGUCUUCUCUUCUGACUGAUUCCAAGACUCUUUUGCAAAGGGCACAGAAAUAUAAAAACAUAGGAAAUGUAUAUUUCAAAAUGGGACAAUAUGACGAAGCCAUCGCUCAAUAUAAUAAAGCAAUCGACAUUUGUCCAAAGGAGAAACUGAAUGAACUCGCAAUUUUUUAUCAAAAUAUAGCUGCUGCAAAUGAGCAAUUGAAAAAAUACAGUUCUGUAAAGGCAGAUUGUACAAAAGCGUUAGAAUUAAAUUCAAGAUAUACUAAAGCUUUGCUACGUCGAGCACGUGUUUUGGAGCAAACAGGGGACUUGGAAGCCGCUUUCAAAGAUUUGAUUAUCGCGUGUAUUCACGACAAUUUUUCUAAUAAAACUUUCCUUGCAAAGACACAUGAACUCUGCCAUAAGCUUGUGGAACAACAAGCUUGUGAAAAUUUAGCAAACAAAGAGUUUGUAUUGCCAAGUAAAUAUGCCAUCGAAACCUGCAUUGCAUCUUUUCCUAAGGAUCCAGUAUUUUUGAGACUUCAACAUCCAAACAAUUUUCCACAAUUUUUUAAAAAACCGUUAGAAGCGUUAAAAAAUGUAGAAUAUGAUGAUGUAAUACCGCUGUGCACAGAAAUCAUUAAAAGUGCCGAAUUUGAUAAAUUACCUUCGUCUAAACUAGAAGUAUUAUUAUUACGAGCUACAUUUUACGUACUUUCGGGUGACUACAUUUCUGCAAUCCAAGAUUUUGAAAGUAUACUAAAUAGCGAAUACGUAUCCGAUGACAUAAAAAUAUGCACUCUCGUAAGAAGAGCAAAUUUAUACAUGCAACUUGAGAUGUCAGAAGUCGCUUUCAAGGACUUCGAAUUAGCCAUUACUAUAAAUCCAUGUUAUGGCGAUAUCUACUAUCAAAGAGGACAGACAUAUUUACUCAUGGAAAGACUAUGUGAAGCUAAGCGCGAGUUUGAAAAGGCCGUUGAAUGCAAUUCAAACUUCGGAAUGGCAUACUUGCAAACAUGUUACAUGGAUUUUAGAUUUGCGGACGAUAAUAUAGAUUUAGUUAAAGUGGUAGUGAAAAAGUUGGAAAGAGCUUCCAAAAAAUUCCUAAAUCCUCCUGAAAAUAUAUUUUGUUGUCAUCUGUAUGUUAACAUAAUGUCCAAAACAGACCGGCACUACAGCUUCCAUAAAGCUGAUGCUUGUCUUGUUAAAGCAAUGCAGAAAUAUCCGGAGUACGCGUAUAUUUAUGAAACGAGAGCUGUACUGCAAUUUGAGCACGGUAAUGUUAAUAAAGCAAUAGAAUACUUUAACAAAGCGAUAGAAUUGGAUUGCAAAUGCGAAAUAGCAUAUAAAGAAUUAGGAAAACUUGAAGUGCAAAGAGGAAACGUAGAGAAAGCAGUAAGGUUACUUGAUAAGGCUUCAAUAAUCUCUCGUUCAUAUGUGGAACUGUUGCAAAUAUACAUCUUCAGAAAUUUUGCGAAAGUACAAUUUGAUAUAAAGAAUGAAUUAGGAGGCGUUCUUCCAAUCUUUCAGCUGCUUCCUCAUUUGAUCGCCAUGGAAAAAAAUCUGAUGGAACAAUCCGAUUGGCCUAAAAUGAUUUCUCCCGCUGCCGAACUGAAGAUUCCUUUACAAAUGGCGCAGAAAUAUAACAACGUAGGAAAUGUAUAUUUCAGAAUAGGAAAACAGGAUGAAGCUAUAGCUCAGUACAGUAAAGCUAUUGACAUCUGUCCAAAGGAAAAUGUCGAGAAUCUUGCGAUUUUUUAUCAAAACAGAGCUGCUGCGUAUGAGAAAUUGAAAAAAUAUAGUUCUGUGAAAGCAGAUUGCACAAAAGCUUUGGAACUAAAUCCAAAAUAUACGAGAGCUCUGCUACGUCGGGCACGUGUUUUGGAGCAAAUUGAAGACUUUGAUGCCGCUAUGAAGGAUUUGACUAUCGUAUGUAUUCAUGAAGGAUUUUCUAAUCAUGCUUCUCUUGUGAUGGCAGAUAAGGUCUUGAAUAAGCUUGUAAUACAAUACGCUGAAGAAAGUUGGGUGCAUAAAAAGUUAAUUUUACCAAUUAAUCAUGACAUCGAUAUAUAUAUUUCAUCUUUCCCUAAGGAUCCAGUAUUUUGUAGACUUCAGCGUCCAGAAAAUAUUCCAGAAUUUUUCAAGAAACCGUUAAAAGCAUUAAAAGAUAAGGAAUAUGAUGAUAUAAUACCGUUAUGUACGGAAAUCAUUAAAAGUCCGGAAUUUGAUACAUUAUCUUCAACUAAAUUAGAGGUGCUAUUAUUACGAGCUACUUUUUACGUACUUUUGGGAGACUAUAGUGCUGCAAUUCAAGAUUUUGAAAACGUAUUGAACAGUGAAGAUAUGUCCGAUGACUUGAGGAUAAACGCCCUGAUAAAGAGAGCGGAAUUAUACAUGCGACUUAAAGAUUUAGAAAUGUCUUUCAAGGACUUCAAAUUGGCCAUUAGUAUAAAUUCAACAUGUAGCGACAUCUACUAUCAUAGAGGACGGGCACUUGCGUUGAUGGAUAAAAAAAACGAAGCUAAGCUCGAAUUUGAAAAGGCACUUAAAUACAAUCCAAACUUCAGCAACGCGUACAUACAGAAAUGUUACUUGGAUUAUUGUAUUGCGGUAUCAGAUGAUAAUACGAGAUUAGUCAGAGCAGCUAUUAAAACUUUUGAGAGAACCUUUGUAAAGUAUCCAAAUCUUCCUCAACAUACAAUAUGUUGUACAAUGUAUGCUACGAUUUUGACCGAAAUUAAACAAUAUCAAAAGGCUGAUAGUUAUUUGAUUAAGGCAAUGGAGAAAAAUCCCAAGUGCGCAUCUAUCUAUGCAAACAGGAGCUUUCUACACUUACAGAUUGAUAAUGUUGAUAAAGCUAUAGAAUAUAUAAACAAAGCAAUCGAGAUUGAUGAAAAGUUUGGACAGGCAUAUGCAGCAUUAGGAACCAUUGAAAUAAGAAGAGGAAAUAUAGAGAAAGCAAUAAGGUCAUAUGGCAAAGGUGUAACAUACUGUAAAAUGUUCACGGAACAGCUAGAAAUACACAAGUUGAGAGAAGCAGCAAAAAUCGAACUUUAUAUAAAGAAUCAAUUAGGACGUAUUCCUCGCUUACUUCGGGAAUUCACUCGAUUCGUUGAUAUAGAAAUGGCAGUAGAACUUAUGGAUUGUUUAAUCAGUUAAGUUCUUAUAUUAAGAUAUCAAUUUUGAACACGAUAUAUACAAAGGAUGUUCUAAAGAGUGAAGUAUUUAUUAUCG